GGGAAUAAUGUCCGGGUGAACAUGCCAUGUGGGGAAGAUAGCUGAAAAUGCCAGCAUUUCUAGCUUGGUAAUACGUUUUUGGACCAAUUGACAAUCUACCAAUUGAUAUCGUUAGACAGUUAUGAUGUCCUGCAAGUUCCUGAAUCUUAGCUAGCUUGUUCAAAGCCAAUCGAAAGUAUCCUAACGUUAGUUUGUUUACAAGUAGCUAGCUAGCUAGUACUGAUAUAAACCUAGCCAGUGUCAAAGAUGAGUCUUCUACCUCGCACUGCCGAGGAGUUCAGUUCUGCAGAGUACUGGGAACGCUUCUUCAAGAAGAGAGGAGAGAAGGCUUUUGAGUGGUAUGGAGACUACAACAAACUCUGUGGCGUGCUGCACAAAUACAUCAAACCUCGGGAUAAGGUGAGCAGGUACACUGACAACCUGACAUUCAUGUAGGGAAAUGCCCUUAAAAAUGUCAGACUCCACAGUCAAUUUGUCUUCUGCUGAAAUUGUCUCUACUGAAGAGCCAUGUAAGUCUUGUAUUAUAUGACGCAAGGAUGAAUUCCUAUCCAAAUGACUACUUUAUCAGGGUUAUUUAUUGAUAUACCUGACUCUUCUUUUAUAUGUCCUUUAGCAGACGCUUUUAUCCAACACGACUUACAGUCAUGCGUGGCUUGUCUCGUCUCUCCCAGGUCUUGGUGGUGGGCUGUGGUAACUCUGAGCUGAGUGAGCAGCUGUAUGACGUUGGCUACAGACAUCUGACCAACAUUGACAUUAGUGAGACGGUGGUGAAUCACAUGAACCAGAAGAAUGCCAAGCAGCGCCCAGACCUGACCUUCCAGACAGUGGAUGCCACCCAGACGCCCUACGAGGACGGAAGCUACCAGGCUGCACUGGACAAGGGGACACUGGAUGCCAUGGCCUCCCAGGAGGAGGGGGCUCUAGCUGGGAGGAUGCUGGCUGAGGUGUGCUGGUGUGGAGUAGCUAGACAGGGAUUAUAACAUGGUUUAACAAAGCCAGCAGCCCUGCACAUAGAGUAGCACUCCAGGAGGGUUGGCCACCUCUGGUAUACAUCUCAUUGUCUGUUAGUAAAAUGUGUCUUAAAGUUUAUUCACCUGCAAUAAACCCUUUAUGCCAUCUGUUUGUGUAGGUGGGCCGUGUGCUGGGUAUAGGAGGCCGCUACGUCUGUGUGACCCUGGCCCAGGAGAGUGUCAUCAAGCUGGCUGUGGAACACUUCGUCCAGGUAAAAGGCUUAGGUUUUUACAUGCAUUGAUAGUGAUAGAUGGUUGUCUUACCUACUUUAAUUCAAUUCACUCAGGAUAAGAGCGUUUUCUAAGUGAUUUAAAUGUUAAUGUAGGUGGGCUGGGCUGUGAGGCUCCAUUGUCUGGGUGACCCGGAGAGCCAGGAGGUCUCUUCCUUCGCCCUGCCUGUUUUCGUGUUGGUUUGCACCAAGUUCCGCCAGCCAAUGCCCAUGCCCAUCCUAGAGAUGUGCCAAGGGGAGGAUGGGGCCCCUGUGAGGCUUCCCGUGGUGGCAGACCUGCUGUCUGUGGUGAGAGAGCGCCAGGCGUACGCCAUGCUGAGACAGAGGCUCCGUACGGGUACAAACGCCACCUCUACCCCCUCGCUGACCCUCUGCCACGCCCCCACUGGGCGACCCCGUUACACCCUCACCGUACAGGACUGCCCCCCCGGUGCCAAGGUUCCCCGUGCCAACCACUUUGCCAUCUUCAUAGGUGAGGGACUUAUCGUAUGUCGGCACACCUGGGUGGAAAAACAUGGGUAUAUUUGUCUUUCCUUUCUGCGCUUGGCUGCAUACUAAACCUGGCUCUUCCUGUCUCAACCCCCACAGUGCCUCAGGGCAGAGAGUCUGAUUGGCUGUACGGCUCGGCCGAGGGGCGGGGCCAACUAGCGGCAAGCGCUAACUUCAGACGUCUGGUUGUCGUGGCCAUGCACAGGGAACAGGAGUAUACGGACAUGCAGGCUGUCCAAUCAGAGCUCUCCCCCAUGGUGAUGGAACUCGCCCCCCCUGGGAUGCCAGCCAAUCACCAAGUAGGGAAUUUGUGAUUAUUCUAUUUUGGGUUGUAAUAAAUAAUAAAUCUUUCCUAAUUUCUCUAUCAUCUCCCCCCCCUCAUUCCUUCACCCAUUUUCCCCAUGUCUCCCUCUCUCCAUCCCUGUCCCUCCCCCUGUAGGUUCCGUUCCUCUCGGUGGGAGGUGAGCUGGGUUGGAGGGAGGUGGUGAGUCGUGGUACCAGUGAUCUGAGUGGUCAGUACUCCGUAGAGGACGUGAGAGGAGAGGAUGGUCAGCUCUACCGUAGACUGGUGUUCCUGGGGAACGAAGGACUGGUCCAGUCAGAGAGCCGCCUCACUGACCCAGCAGCAGGUGAAAACACACACGCACAGUUUUUAUUACUUGAUGAGUUCAGUGGCUAACCGUCUCUUUAACUUUAGCAGCAGCCUCGUCUCAGAAGAAGAAGAGCAGAAGGAAAGCCAAGCCCUCUGCCCCUCCCCCUGUGACAACCCCCUCCCAGACACCAGGUGGCGCCCUGGAGGUGGACAAAGGCUUCCUCUGCUGUGCCCACCACAGGGUCAUGGUGGCUGGCCUUGCCAUGCUAGGCGUGGGCACCGACCACAACAAAGGUAGGUGUGUUUGCCAGCGUUGUCUGCAAGUCAGUCGCCCUGUGCCUAUGCCCACAUACCAGUCUGUGUUUGACACUUUUUCUCAAAUCCACUAUAUUUGCCUACAGGAAGUUUGGUCACUUGACACGUCAGGUCUGAUGAAUCCGCAAAAUGUAUCCUGUUUCCAAUAACUUCUCUGUAGACGUGUCAGUGCUCCUGGUGGGACUGGGUGGAGGAGGGCUGCCCCAGUUCCUACGGGACUUUGUACCUGGAGCCAAGGUAGAGGUAGUGGAGCUGGAUCCAGCAGUGCUGGAGGUGGCUCAGGGAUGGUUCGGCUUCACACCUGAUGACAGGCUCACUGUCACACUGGGAGAUGGACUGGAACGCAUUAACAACAUGGAGAGAGAAGGUGAGGGGGCUGGGGGAGAGGAGAGGAGAGAGGGAGAUAAGGAAGAAAUAGCAGAUACACAUUUAAGGUGGGAGGGGAAAAUAAAAGGUGGUUUCUAGAGCAAAUUUGCAACCACAAGCAUGCACAUGAUUAACACUAUUCUCUUACCUGUCCAGGUGGUCAUCAGUAUAAUGUCAUCAUGUUUGACGUGGACAGUAAGGACCCCAGUUUGGGGAUGAGCUGUCCUCCUCCUGCCUUUGUAGAUACAGCUUUCCUGGAGAGAGUUGGCAAACUGCUGACACCUCAAGGUUCAGUAAAACUUUUUUAUAACUAUCUUUCAAGGAGCUAGCCUGCUUUAUUUUCACAAUCGAAAAUGUUACAUUUUUCAAAGCCUGUAGACCUAGGUAUUAUCGAGGUGUAUCUUACCAUAUUACACCCUCCCUCCUCUGUCCGUCUCUGUCGCCCCUCCCAACCAGGUGUGUUCAUGUUGAACCUGGUGUGUCGUGACUCUGCAUUGAAGAAAAGUGUGUUGAGUCGUGUGCGGGGUGUGUUCCCGCAUGUGCUCUCCCGGGGCAUCGAGGGGGAGGUCAACGAGGUGCUGCUGUGCUCCAGGGGAACAGGGGAGACAGGGGUCCCACCCACCCUGCUGAAGGCAGGGAAGACCCUACAGGGAUCACUGGGCAUGAACAGCAGUGGAGCAGCAACCUGCAGCCCUCAGAUAGACAUCACUGAGCUACUAGAGGACCUGAAGGUGGCAUGAGGAAGGAGGGAGGGAGAAGAAGGAGAGGGGGAGGAGGAGAAGAGGACUUUGUGAACAAGCAUCAUUUUCAUUUUAAUUCUCAAAAUGCGUGAUGAACUCGUAUACUGUACUGUAUGAAAUAAAAACGUACAGAUGUAUUCUGAACAAA